AUGGAGAGCAAAAGACUGAAGCUAAGAUGGGACGUUCCAAUGCGCCAAGCUCUUUGUUGUCUGUACCGGUUUUUCCGAUGCAACAGGAAACAGAAAGAGGAGAUCUUCUCGAUGUUCCGCGACAAUCUGAGAAAACGUGGAAUUCAUCGAUUUGUUCCAGGUAAAACGCUUCACGCACAGUGGAACUGGAUGAGAAACACUGGCGAUCCUAUCUGGUCGCAUGUCCAUCGGAGCACCGAGUUCAACAUGGACGGAGAAUGGAGGGACAUCAUCCAACGCAUCAAGUCCACAGCAUUGACCCUGCAUCUCCCUCUUAUCGAGAAGCCAGAGGAUGAUAUCGACACCUCUCAAUGGGGCACGCGAACCCCCCACCCCAUAUCAUUUCCACUGCACCAGCGAAGAGCGGAGGAAAGGAGCCAUUAUUUUGCCGAAAGUGACGACCAAACAAGUGCGAGUAUCACAAUGAGUGUCAGCCAGAGUAAGGAAUGGGCCAACGAGCCAAAACAUAUCAACCCCCUGGAAAACAAUCAGGCUGUUGUUACCAGUCAUGGCAAGACGUGUAUCUGGUGCGAGCAUGGAUUGGCAAUUGAUGAGACAGACGGCCCCGAUGACUGGACCCAGCAUACUCAUAUUAACCAGCGCGAAAUCCCCGACAAAAACCAGUCCCAGCAUCGGCACCAAGAUUGGGGCCAACAGGAUUAUCUCCAAACCCAACAGCUUCAAGAUCAACAUCAAAAUCAACAUCAACACCCAGAUCAACAACAAGAACACCAAGGCUGCAGCCACCAGCAUAAUGGGCAGCAAGACUAUCACCACGACCAUGAGCUGGCUAUGAAAGGAGUUCCCGCCGACAAAAUGCCACCGUUGCUGUUUCGGUGGUCAAACCGUGACUCGCAAGGUGUCAACUCGAAGACCGUUUUUCUAGCCGGGCUUUUCUGCAACGGUGAAUGGUUUGACCCUGAAGACUUCUCCGAGGACCGUUUCGAGAGCUUCUUUCAAAGCCAUGUCACCAAGGAAAAAACCAAAACGCCAUUCAUUUCCACCUCUCAUUCUCCUUUGGCACCACUUCACCGUGCCAUUGCUAAUCAAAACGGUGCCACACUGUCCGUCAUUGACACCUCGAAGCUAGAAACAAAAGUAUUCUACGCCCAUCCGCUUGCGAUUCGGACUAGGACUUUCACCUACAACUGGAAAGGGUAUGGAGAGUACCUCAUCUGGGGCCGUAUCCCACUUGAGGCAAUUGCUUUCAGCGUGGAAAUCACAAGUUUCGAACAAACCGUACAGUCCUACCCCGAUGUCGCUCGCUUGAUGCAAACCGCUCUUAUCCGUAGCUUUCUACGCUGCAGUGAGGAGUUGCGAGACAUGCUGGCGGCAAAAAGAAAAUCGUCUUUUCAGUCCGGUCGAACACUUGGAAAGUUAUUGACUCUUCUUGAAGUUCCCACGAUCCACUGGGACAACAUAGCUUUCAGAUUUGCCAAAGCAUGGGGCUGGAAAAAUGCGAAAGAGACCGCCCUGUUUCACAGUGGUCUUCGAAGUGCACCACCUUACCUGUCCGAGGAAUUGUCAGAUUCUGAAAGUGAGGCUCCAUGGCCCACACCCCAAAAGACACCUGCGAAAACUUCCCAAAAUAUGCCACUUUCAUCUGACUGCGUUUCUGAUGUAGACUACGAACCGCGCGAGACCGACCAAGAUUCGGGAGGGACCUCAGAGUUGGAAUACAUGGACGAGUCUCGAUCUGUGACGAUUUGCGAUAUGAGCGAGACAUCAGAUGAUGGAAAGUUCUCAACACACGAGACGCUGUCUAGUGGGAUAUUCACUGAGAACGAUGCUUCCGAACUCUCCUUGGGACCGGUACCUCAUCAAGAGGCAAUUGACCUCGACUCGGACAAUGUGGAUACUAGUUCUCAGCGGGCAUUGCAACUGGACUGGCCAUCUGACAAUGAAUAUAUGUACCCUGACACGCCCACGAAAACCAGGGGAAGGAUCCCAUUGCAAUCGCGACAAAGGACCACCAACAAUCUUGUCCUAAAUGGUCAUACCGAUAUGGACUUUUUUGAGAAAGUCCGAAACUGGGCUCAUCACGAAAACUGA